CGGCCGCCGCCGCCGCCGCCGCCGCCGCCGCUGUCGGGGAAUGAUCUGGGCGGCAGCGGGCGGCCCCGGCUAGCAGCCACGAGCCACUUCUGCGGCUGCCGAGAAGAGCGAGGGUCGCCGGUCCCUUGUCGCCCCCCUCCCCGCCCCCCAGGAGGGGCGAGAGGGAGCCGAGGCUGAUGUCAGGUGCACAGUCAGGUUUUUUAAGAAGUUACAUUAUAUAUGAUAUUGCAACAAAUUGAAUGCAGAAGGAGAUUUGGAAUUCCAGACCCAGAAAUACAUUUUCGGGAAAUGGCCUCUAAAUCUUGGCUGAAUUUCUUAACCUUCCUUUGUGGGUCAGCAAUCGGAUUUGUUUUAUGUUCUCAGCUACUUAGUAUUUUGUUGGGCGAACAGAGGGACAUCCAGCCUAAUACUCUUCGUAAUGACCCUCAUGCUAGGCAUUCAGAGGAUAAUGAACAGAAUCAUCUAGAAGGACAGAUGAACUUUGACGCAGAUGCUAGCCAGCAUAAAGAUGAGAACACUGCCAUCGCUGAAAACCUCUAUCAGAAGGUUAAAAUUCUUUGUUGGGUGAUGACAGGGCCUCAAAAUCUAGAGAAAAAGGCUAAACAUGUCAAAGCUACAUGGGCCCAGCGUUGUAAUAAAGUGUUGUUUAUGAGUUCAGAAGAAAAUAAAGACUUUCCUGCUGUGGGACUGAAAACCAGAGAAGGCAGAGACCAACUCUACUGGAAAACAAUUAAAGCUUUUCAGUAUGUUCAUGAUCAUUAUUUAGAAGAUGCUGAUUGGUUUAUGAAAGCAGAUGAUGAUACAUAUGUUAUUCUAGAUAACUUGAGAUGGCUUCUUUCAAAAUACAACCCUGAAGAACCCAUUUACUUUGGGAGAAGAUUUAAGCCCUAUGUAAAGCAGGGCUACAUGAGUGGAGGAGCAGGAUAUGUACUGAGCAAAGAAGCCUUGAAGAGAUUUGUUGAUGCAUUUAAAACAGACAAAUGUACACAUAGUUCCUCCAUCGAAGAUUUAGCACUGGGGAGAUGCAUGGAAAUUAUGAAUGUAGAAGCGGGAGAUUCCAGAGAUACCACUGGAAAAGAGACUUUUCAUCCUUUCGUACCAGAACACCAUUUAAUCAAGGGUUAUCUGCCUAGAACUUUUUGGUACUGGAAUUAUAACUAUUAUCCUCCUGUAGAGGGUCCUGGUUGCUGUUCUGAUCUUGCCGUUUCUUUUCACUAUGUUGAUCCUACAACUAUGUAUGAGUUAGAAUACCUCGUUUAUCAUCUUCGUCCAUAUGGUUAUUUAUACAGAUAUCAACCUGCCUUACCUGAGAAGAUGCUAAAGGAAAUAAGUCAAACAUACAAAAAUAAAGAUACAAAAGUAAAUCAGGAGCCCUUGAAAGAAAAACAUAAAUGAACAGAGGUAAAAUGUCUAGCAUUGCACUGAAGAAGAACUUCUCCAUUUCUGAUACAGAACACUGGAAUCCCAGUGAGGAAUUCUUUCUAAGCGAACAUUCCAUAUUAGAAAUCUUUCAUAUGAAUGACUGUAAACUGAAGCUUUAAGUGAGCUGUGAAAUCUGUUAAAGUGUGUUUUGAUACAGUAAUAUAUAUACAUAUCUGAAAAACUUGUGUUUUUUAAAAUGGUGGCCAGGCAAAGGGACUAGAAAAGAGAUUUUGUUGCCUGUUACUGACCACAUGUAUUAUUUUCACUGAGAAACUAAAACAAAUUUGCUAAAACUACA